AUGAAUAGAUCUAUUCUUCAGAUCAGGGGUUUUAUAAGAACCUACAAGAAAAGGUUUUAUAGCAACAAACCUGAUGGUUUGAAUGAAAAUGCUCCAAUAAAAUUUACUACUAGUGCCGCUUCUAAGUCUAGGAUAAUGCCCAUUGUUAAUAAACAUAACUUGAAAAUGCCCUGGUAUCAGCCAUACAGUGUGGUAGGCAGUGUUGCUGUAUUUCUACUUUAUUUUUGUGUAUUUAGAGAAGAAAGUGACAUAGAUUCAGAGUUUGAAAAAACUUUAUAUGAUAGAGUACAUGGACUAGAAAAACAGCAAUUAUUACUUAGUUACCGCUUUAACAAAGAAAAUGGAAAAAGUGUAGUAGAAAUUGAACAACGUCUUAAGGAAAUUGAAGAAAAAGAAAAAAGUCUAGCCAUUGCUUAG